GUUUUUGCAGAAAAUGGCGUCAUCGCCCUCUUGUUUCUGCCUGGCCGCGGCGGGGAGAGGAAUACUUUCGGAGACUUGUGUGAGCCUCCACACGUCGCGUUUACUUCCUCAAAGGCGAAAUCGCCUACCGGGAUGUGUUUUAUUCAACGGCAGGCGGUCAAAACGGGAGAUAGUUCACGGUUUCGCUCGGUAGAAGGACGCGCAAAGAUGGAAGGGUCACCGGUCCUGUGCGCCAAGCUGCUUCUUGGAAAAGGUGGCACGGAGCCGCAAAACGCAGCGUUUUACAUUCAUAAUGAUGGCAUUCUCGCCGGCUCCAGGCCCAUCCAAAUGACCGUGGAAGGGUUGCGGUUGUUACCAUGGUCGUGAUGGGUGUAUAUAUGGCAGCGAUGCACCUUGUCUUUGUGUAUAUUUUAUUCGGGUUAGCUCGUUUUUACGCCGCACUCCCCUGCCAUGCUGCAAUCGUUAUGAGGGGCCUCUCUCCUACGGCUUGAAAGGUGCAUUUUGUACUUGGCUUUUCCUCUGAUCAAGUUAAGCUGAGUCCUUUUGUGGCUCAAAAUAGUGGCGUUUUUUAUCCCGACAAUAUAACCGUGUAAAAAGAGAUUUUCGGGGAUAAUGGGGGCGAUGCAAAUCGUGCCAUGAGAACGAGCGACUGCCCUGCGCUCUGGUUCGCUGCUUGCCAGACGAGGACAGGGCUGAAUGAGAUACAAAUAAAGAAGAAAAAAAGAAGGUCCUUUUGGACGAAUCGCACAGUUUGCACAAAACUGGGGAAGUCCGGCGCUGCGCAAUGAUUGUGCUGUUGCUUUGCGCAGAGAGCGGUGGCAGCUGCUGUAACCGCCGCCACCAUUUCGCCGCGAUAUUUUUUGUGUGUGUUGGCCAACCUUUUGUAAAUAGUUGGGGACUCUUGGAUAAAAGAGCACAAUAGUAUUCAUGCGGGGCCCUUUAUGGCCUGUGAAUGUGGCUCCUAAGUCCCGCUCCGGCUGUCCUGUCUUUACCCCGUCAGCUACGUGCAUGCGUCCUAGCUCUGGCCACCACACAUCCACCAUAGCGAGGCCACUGGGUUGCCUGUGUGCACGCUUCGCUUGGUUCCUCCUGUGGCCAAAAAGUCGAUGGCUGAUCGUGCGCGGAGUGUUCGUAAAGCGCAGGCCAUCGGGAUCAAAUCGAAACGAGCCACUAAACACCAGCCACGGAGACUGCACAUCGCUCGCUCCGUGCACAUUUUUAUUAAGUUUCCUGAGUUAUGCAACCGCAUCCCCGUAGAGCGAACUGCUCAUCCGCCUCUAUUUACUCGUCACCCACCAUCGGAUGGAUAUUUCUGCGUGCGAUAUCUGCCGAAUUUGGACCAGUCCCCGCGGCGACGACACCGAAUUAGGAAGAUAUGUCAUUUGCAAAUCACCCAGUGCCAUUUGCGUCACAGCCCGCGGCCUCGCACGCCCAUGGGGGGCGAUGGAGUUGCAAAUGGAGACUGUGUGUGUGUAUGUGUGUGUGUGCUGACGCUGCCCCAGCUGAAAGGGAACCAAUAGACACGGACUCGGGCGGCAACAAUCGCCGUGCGCUUUCACUCUCCAGCAGUGCACCGACUUGGGAUUCCGUAUCAACGCGGAAGAUCGGCGCAGUUUAUUCGGGAUGGUUGGCUUUCCAUCGCGCUGCCUGGGAUGCGUCACAGGUGUAUGCUGGUAGUGAACGUGUGGUGCAGCAGGCCAGUCUUGGCAGCAUGGUGAAGGUCCAGAAGUCAGCUGGGAGGAAGAGCUCUGAUUGUCUCCGCAGACAGACUGGUGCUCAGACAGAGAUGGAGCUCCAUUCGGACACCCAGCGUCCACCACAAGUGCAACCCAGAGGUGGAGACCAGUCCUCCGAUCAGCCCCCUCUCCAGACCUCCGAUUCUGCUGAGGUGCUGUUAGAAACCUGGGACCAGAGGGAACCUCCAAUCGAUGGCCAGGACCCCGCUAACGGCCAGUCCAAGCCUCUGUGGAAGCCCAUUCCCCCUCUGCUACCCGAGCCCCACAGGAACGCUAACGGUCGGACCAGGGACCAGAGCUGCCAGACUGAGGAGCUGUUCUUAACCGGUGCCUGCAACCAAGGCCUCUGUUUGGAGCCCGGUGAUCCUCCUCUGCUCCAGCAGCCUCUGCAGACCUCCAAGUCUGGGAUUCAGCAGAUAAUUGAAUGCUUCCGAUCCGGCACCAGCCAGCUGAAAUACAUGCUCCUGAGGGAGGUGGACACCAUCUUCGAGUGUAAACUGUGCCGCAGUCUGUUCAGAGGCCUGCCCAACCUCAUCACACAUAAGGAGUACUACUGCCUAUCACGGCUGCCUGAACCCGACGGUUCAUCAGGAGACGACAGACAGAGUGUAGCCAUGAAGGAUCUGUUAGAUGCCAUUUAUCCCAGAAACGAACGGCCGGACUACGUGGUGCGACUGGAGCCCAUUCAAACCACCACCAAGGCUGUGUUCCAGUACAUCACCACAGAGGAGGAGCUGGCCAGAUACCCUUCACACACACCCAGUGCCAGAGAGAGUCCAGUCGCUUGGGAAGGAGAACCAGUGGAGGGUGUGGACAACAACCAGGCGAGCCAGCCAGGUGUUGCAGAAAGCCACAGCAGUCCAGGACCCAACCAGGGACAGAAGAGAUGGGAGCCUGAGGAGGAGGCUAAAGAAGAGCCGCCAAAGCCUGAAGACGAGGGCUCCAACAGCGGGGUCGAGGAUGUAACAAUCUCCUGUUGUCUCUGCGGCCAAGACUUCAACUCACGUCGCAGCAUCAGACGUCACUGCCGCAAAAUGCACCAGACAAAACUGGAGGAGCUCCGAAAAUUUACGGAGACGCGCACAGUUCCUACAAGCCUGCUCUCGAUGGUGAAAGGUCGCCCGAGGACUCUGAGCACACCUACUGGAAAAUCCUGCCCCGUGUGCCUCAAAACCUUCGCCACCAAAGCCAACGUACGGCGACACUUCGACGAGGUGCAUCGUGGUCUGAGGAGGGACGCCAUCACGCCCAGCAUCGCCUCGCGGCCCGGCCAGCCCUUCACGCUGGAAGUCACGCCUCCCAGAAAGACCAGCAACGCCUCUCCAACACGAGCCCCCAGCUCCAAGACCACCCCUGUGAACUCUAAAACAACCCCUUCUAACCAAAACCAAGCCAAACCUCAGACUCAACAACCCCCAACCACUCCACAGGCUAACUCCACCUCAUGUCGCUGCACGCUCUGCAAGAGGAACUACAGCUCUCAGCUCAUGUUGAAGAGACACAUGCGAAUCGUCCACAAGAUAUACAGCAUCAAAAGUAACAGGUCUGCACCCACGCCGACGCCGACUACUGCAGCAGCCACUCCUACCAGCAGCAGCAGCAGCGGCACCAGCAGCAGCAAUAACAGUACCAAUACCGUGGCUCCCAGCAACAACGUCAGAGUGAAAGAGGAAGCUGUGGAGCCAUCGGAUGACGAGGACGAAGAAGACAUCGACAGCAGUCCGGUCCCGUCUCCUAGCGACAGCACCGUGGCAGCUAAAGGAGUCUCUGUGGUCCAGAACACCAUGAAGGUGAAGGAGGAGGAGCCGCCGUCGAGCCCAAAGGUGACGCCAUCUUUGCCUUCAUCGUCGUCCUCGUCUUCUCGUGGGAGCAACAUGUGCAGCAGCGGCAGCGGUGCUGCCAAAAUGACCAAACUGUCAGUGGGCUUCGACUUCAAGCAGCUCUUCUGCAAACUGUGCAAGCGACAGUUCAGCUCGCGUCAGAACUUAACGAAGCACAUCGAGCUGCACACGGACGGCAACGACAUCUUCAUCAAGUUCUACCGCUGUCCCCUCUGUCGCUACGAGUCUCGCCGCAAGCGUGACGUCCUGCGCCACGUCACCGUCGUCCACAAGAAGUCGUCCUCGUACUUGGCCAAGAUCAUGCCCAAGCUUGAGAGCCGGGCGGUGAAGAGGUUAGCGGAGGCCGUCCUCAACAGCACGAGCAAAAGGACGAGCAGCAGCGUCAAAGAGGAGGUGAACGGACGCCACGUCUCUUCGUCGCCCUCCUCCUCUCCCUCACCUCCCGUCACUCGCAAGCAGGAGUGCUCCACGUCCGCUUUGACCCCCGCUUCAGCCUCCUCUUCCUCCUCUUCGUCCUCCUCUUCGUCCUCCUCCGUCCCGCCUCCCGCCGCCGCCACCCGGAAACAGCAGGAAAUCUCAUCGCCCGUCUUCACGCCGUCGCCCCCCAUCACCCGCAAGCAGGAGAGACAGCAGACCCACCAGCACCGACCCGUCAGUCCGCCGCUCACCCGCCGCAGCGAGAAACACUCCCAUCAGCGCAGCUCCUCCUCCUCCACCGCCUCCUCCAGCAGCCAGACCCCCCACACCCGACGACACGACGCCCAGUCAGAGAGCAGCUCCACCACGUCCUCCACCGAGGUCAGGGUGACCAAGAAUUUCUCCCUGCACGCUUGUGACCAGUGUGGACGGGCCUUUGCCAAGAAGUUGUACCUGGAGUCUCACAAGCGAAGCCAUCGUAAUGCAGCGACAGCGGCGGCCAGCAGGAGGAAAGGAGUCAGCACUCGCUCCAAAUCCCUGGUCUGGUGAAACACAGCGUAAGAACGCAGAAGACCGCCGGAGAUAAACGACGAGCGAGCCGCUAACACCGACAAAGGAAAUCCAAACAUUCAACUGGAAAAACAACCGAAGAACGGACGGAGCAAGCGCAGGCGACGGGAAAAUGAAGGAAACAAACAAAAAGGAGCAACAGAUCCCGAUGGAGGAACGAAGGAUUUAUAUUUUCCACCUUUUUGCUUAUGAACCAAAAAUGUUGUCUGAUUUUCUUGUAUAGUUUCAUGAUGGAGCCGGAUUGAGGCGCUGCUAUCCACACAGAGGGCUGUAGUGAAGAAGAGGACUCACUACUGCUGUAUAUAUCUGUAUUUACUCAUGUGAAUAUGGAUGCAUAUGCAGAUUCAUACUGAAAGUGUGUGAAUGAGAGAUGCAGAUACAGACAGAAACACAAAACAUGUCCAGGCCCUCGGCUAUCACGGCAGCAUCUGAAAUCAAUUCAUUUUUAACUUACAGGUAUUUCCACACGAUGCAUUGUGUGGAAAUAUAAGCAAGUACAUACAUCUUCACCUUCCCUUCACUGACGAUCGGAUCACUGUUGAACCCUGCUGGAUUUCUGCAGAGAAACUAUUUCACCCGUAAUCCUGCGGAAGGCUUUAUUCUCGCCUUCAAAUUGAAAAUCAGCUUUAUUUUGACACAUAAAUGUCUCCUAGUGAUGUUGAAAUGCAAACAAAAUCCCUCUCUCAUUCAGUCAGCCCAUACAGUCGUGUAUUAGAGGUUCAAAUGUUCGUGAAUAACAGCUAAUUUGAAGAUGGUUGUUUUUACAUUUGGACCAUUAUUUAAUUUUAAUUUUAAUCAUAUCCAAUCACUUUUGGUUAAAAACGGGGACACGAAAUGACAAAACCGAGACACGAAACGACAGCAUUGAGACACAAAACAACAAAAACGAGACAGGAAACGACAAAACCGAGACACAAAAUGACGAAAACGAGACAGAAAACAAAAAACUAAGACGCAAAAUGACAAAAAUGAUACACGAAACUAGAAAACUGAGACAAAAUGACAAAAUCAAGGCACAAAGUGACAAAACGAGACAAAAUGACAAAAACGAGACAGAAAACAACAAUACCGAUACACAAAAUGACAUAAACGAGACAGAAAAUGAAAAAAACUGAGACAAAAUGACAGAAAUGAGACACAAAAUGAGAAAACAGACACAAAAUGACAAAACCAAGGCGCAAAGUGACAAAACGAGAGAAAAGGACAAAAACGAGACAGAAAACGACAAUACCGAUACACAAAAUGACAAAAAUGAGACAGAAAAUGAAAAAAACUGAGACAAAAUGACAAAAUGAGACACAAAAUGAGAAAACAGACACAAAAUAACAGAACGGAGGCACAGUGACAAAACGAGACAGAAUGAGAAAAGUGAGACAUAAAAAGACAAGAAUGAGACACAAAACAACAAAAUUGAGACAGAAAAUGACAAAAGACAGGAAACGAAGAAACUGAGAUAAAAUGACAAAACCGAGGCACGGAGUAACAAAACAAGACACAGAAUGACAAAAACGAGACACAAACGAUAAGAUGAGACAAAAUGAGAAAACGGACACAAAAUAACAGAACGGAGGCACAAAGUGACAAAACAAGACACAGAAUGGGAAAAAAGUGAGACAUGAAAAGACAAGAAUGAGACACAAAAUGACAAAAACGAGACACAAAACAACAAAAUCGAGAAAAAAAUGACAAAAACGAGACAGGAAACGACAAAACUAAGACACGAAACGAGAAAACUGAAGUACGAAGUGACAAAAUGAGAUAUGAAAUGACAAAGACACAACAUGACAAAAACGACAGAAAACGAGGAAACUGAGAUAAAAUGACAAAACAAGACACAGAAUGACAAAAACAAGACACAAAUGAUAAGAUGAGACAAAAUGACAAAAACCAGACACAAACGAAGGGAUGAGACAAAAUGACAAAUACCUGUUUUACCUCGACAUGCAUCUGAUCAGCCUCUAUAACAGCCUGGAUGUGAGAGAACCGUAAGCUUAUGCUCCCGUAUGACAUUUUUGCUCUAUAAAAAUAUAAUCAAAUUGCCACGUAGAGUGAUAUGAAACAAUACAGUGAGAUAGUGAAUGCUUGAUUUUAAUAGAUAAAAGGAAUAACACCAACUUUGCAUUCAUUUUCUUUCAACUGUAGGAUAUUUUGUAAAAUAGCAGCUCAGUUUCAAGGUGUUCUCCCAAGGGUGCAACAUUUAAACCAUCAAAUUAACAUUAUUAUUACUCCCUUUAUGGUAGAUUACUUGUGUUAAUGUAUGAAAUGGAAAUUUACAGUGAGAAGGAUUGACUGAACUGCACAUAAUACGAGGAGAAAGGAUGUUUUAGUCUUAGACAACAUUUAUUUUACUGUACGUGCUGCUUAUUGCUGUGAAUCUUUGGGCCUCUUUGGAAAUCAGUCCCCAAACGUGUCUCGGGAAUCCAAAACUGUUCAUUCUAAACUUAAAAGUUUACAUUAAACUUUUCAUUUUAGCACGGCUUACUCAGAUUAACUCUGUGAACUUUACUUUCCAUUCUUACCUAUAUAUAUUAUCAGUUUACUGACUACAAGCUGCAUCAGUUCCAUUUGAAAUAUGCUUUCGUGUACGUGUAAAGAGGGGUGGUGUGUAUUAGCUUCUUCUGAAGGUAGUCUUCGAAACACUGGCACAUGUAUGAGUUGUAAAGCUUGAGGAAGACCAAAUGUAGAUAUGUCUUAAUGUUCAAACAGAAAGCCAUGAAAUGGAACAAAACCAGACAAAAGGAAAGACCAAACUUUAUUUUUAUAAGUGAAAACGCUAACGCAACGCGGUCGUGACAAACAUGUCUAUAUGGAUUCAUCCUGCACGGGUGGUUAUAAAUAAUAGUUCUAUUAGUCCACGAUAGUUAUUGACUCAUGUUGGUUGACCGUAUGCUUCGAACAUGUCAGACUAGUUGCAGCUCUGUUUAACACUGAGGCGAGUUUUGCAUUGUUCCACGAUUAGUUGUAUUUUUUUGUGUCUUAUUCCAUUCGAAGGAGGACAUGUUUUUGUUGAAAUGUGUCAAGAGGAGCGCUGGAGAGCAGGAAUCAAACCUCAAGAGACUUUUUCUUUUUGUUAAUCUUGACAUUUCCUUUGUCAUCAGUUGUAAUAUGUUGUUAAGCUCACCUUCUAGAGAACCUGAGAAGAGUUAGAGAAGCCUUUCAGAUGUGACGAGAAUGUUAAAACCAACCACUUAAAAAUAAAAAUGUACUGCUUCAAACCUCA